UCUUGAAGCAUUUUACCAGUGCUAAUCGUAGCAGUUCUUAGUCAUUCCAAACAUUCUGAUUGCAUGUUCCAAGACAUUAUCUCGCCUCGUCUAAGGUAUGACGGUGAAGAAUAGCCUUCACUCGUACCAAGUGCAGUAGGGGUGGGUAUAAAGAACACUGUGCUCAACUGUCCGAUGUCGCUGAGGAUUACAGGGUUCAAAAGGACCAACAACAUCUGAUUCGAGCACUCAUCCACCAUGAAAGUGAAUCCCACAUACGAAACCGCUUCCUUCAAGUCUAUAAUGAAGAAACUCAUUGACACUCCAGAAGCCUUCAUCCCAGAUGACCUCCGGGCUGCUUUCCACUACCUAUUGACACCAGAUUUACUUCCGCCAGAGCAGAUCGGAGCAUUAUUGAUUGCGCUCCAUCUCCGCCAUGUCGAAAGGAAGUCAGAGCUCUUGACAGCAGCUGCAUGCCUGCUGCGUGAACGGGCUCUCACAGCCGUAGUUGAAGGUGGUAAGGAAGAUUUUGUGGUGGAUAUAGUUGGCACCGGUGGAGACGGGUACAAUUUGUUCAAUGUUAGCACAGCUGCGGGAAUAGUAGCGGCGGGUGCUGGUGCGCGAGUAAUCAAGCAUGGAAAUAAGGCUUCCACGUCUUCCUCUGGUUCUGCGGAUCUUUUGGAAGCAUUAGGCUGCAAUUUUAUUCGGCCCGGGGGUGCUUGCGAUACCCAAGCAGGCCAGAUAAUCCGUCGUAUGCCAUUCUCAUUCAUUCUUGCGCCGCAAUACCACCCAACACUGGCAACGAUCGCGCCCUAUCGCAAGGCCCUUCCUUUCCGAACAAUAUUCAACGUCCUCGGACCGCUGAUUAGCCCUGCGCAGCCGAAGGGUAUGGUCCUUGGAGUUCCUCAGCCCGAACUUGGUUUAUCAUUUGCAAAAACACUCAAGGACAGUGGAGUGAUACGUGCACUGGUCGUGUGCGGACAAGAGGGGAUUGAUGAAAUUAGUUGUGCUGGGCCGACCUGGGUAUGGGAACUACGGGAUGGAAGAAUAUCUGAAAGUGUCCUGUGUCCAGAGACAUUCGGAUUCAAUCCCUAUCCCCUCCAAGCAGUGAGAGGUGGUGGCCCAGAUACUAACGCAGAAACUCUGGAAAUUUUGCUUCGCUCGGGGGAGAACAUUCCUCUGUCAAAGAGGCCGCUCCUGGAUUUUGUGCUAAUGAAUGCAUCUGCAUUAUUGGUAGUGUCUGGGUUGGCUGACACAUACAUCGAUGGGGUCAAGAUUGCGUACGAAGCCGUCAUUUCUGGAAAAGCAUGGUGCGCAUUAGAAACUUUUCGGGAUAGCCUCAAGGUUCAGGCCCAAGCCCUGGAGACCCGAGGCGACUUAGAGCAGCGGCGCAGACACUGA